CGAUGCGACUCGAUCCGAUCCGGCAUUCAGUCCGCCGUCUGAAGAGCUCGAGUGCGCGUGCCAACUGGAUCAGCUGCCCAAUAGCCCCACAGUCCCAUCCCUCCGUACCUUAGAAGCAUAUAUAAAUAUAACUUAAUUUUUUCAAGAUCACCGCAGAGAGCAGGGCAUCGCUCCUUGCUCGUAUUCGUAUUUCGACUUAUCUCUCAGUUCUCUCCAGUUCGGCGCUCGUGUCGGUCGUAAACAUAACUCAAAAAGUCGGUGGAAAAAGUGGUGAAGUCAGUAGCCGGCUAAACGCGACUCGGGUCGGAAGUCUUCGCUCCUGGCAAACCAGAAAGCCCCGUCCACGCGAUAAGGGUGUACAUAAAAAGAAAAAUAAAUAAAUAAAUAAAACAAGUUGAAUAAAUACAUAAGAAAAUCAUAUGAAAUGCAACUUUUCGACGACUUUUGCAAGAGCUUCAACAAGGAAUUGCAAAGGGCGAAUUUCGGCUUUGCGUACAAUCGAGUUCAUUUGUUCUACAGAUCUCAGUGGCAAAAAGAUGAGACCAACACAAUAUACUUGCUCUACCGAUGGAUUUGGGCCCUGUUUUUCCUGGGCGUGUACAUCAUGUGCGUCAUCGUUCAGUUUUGCGACGGAAAGUUCUUCAUCUACAUGACCAACUGGGGCUUCGGACUCUGCACGAUCACCAUGCUGAUCUCCGCCGUGCAAGUCACCUGCUGGCACUUCGAUGUGAGGAGCACCCGGAGCCUGGUACAGGAGUCCGGCCACAAGGCGGAGACCACGAGGGGUCUGAAAAUCUACUGGUGGCUAUACAACAUGACCCUCUCGCUGGCUCUGAUCAUAUCAACAGUGUACUGGGUGUUUCUCCAUGGAAAAAUGAACAAGCCCAUGCGAUUCCCUGCCAUCAGCAUACUCACCCACGGAAUGAAUUCUGUGAUGAUGAUGAUCGAUUUCCUGGUCGUGGCAUUUCCGCUGAGGAUACUGCACAUGGUGUACGCGAUGAGUCUGGCGAUAUUCUUCUUUAUAUUCACUCUUAUCUACCAUUUAUGCGGGGGAACAGAUGAAUUUGGCAAUCACUAUGUGUAUCCCAUUCUGGACUGGAACAAUCCCAACCGCUGCAUGGUGACCUUUGUGGGCAUCUUCGUGCUCAUCAUGUGCUACUGGGUGCUGCUCUUUGGACUCUACAAGUUGAAGAGAAUGUUCAAUAGGGCAUUCAGUGUGGUUUGGUCCCCUCAUGCUGUGGGCCUCAUAUGAGGGACAUAAUACACGUUAUAGACACCACGCACAGUCAUGUAAUAUCACCUCAUUGGAGCCCGCACAUAUACAUAUUAUGUAACUACCAUUAACAAUCCUCCAAAAUCGACGCUGAAAGGGAGUCGCACACUUGCAUGCAUUUAUUUAUAUCUAGUAUUUCAUAUUGUAAGUUUUAAUCAUCUGGUUCCUUAACACUGAAUUGGUUUAGUUAGGUUAAUUCUUAUACGUUAUGUUGUUAUUGCGUAUUUCGAUUAAAUAGUAUAAAUAUGAAAUUUGUUGAAAAUACUCUGCCUAAGGGAUAGACCAAGAAAAUAAUGGAAUUGUAUACAAAUUUAUAACGAAUAUCAAAAACCGGAAGAAACGAAAGUGAAUAAAGAAAAUGAGCCAUAAUUUAAUUUAA